AUGGCAUACGAUCGGUACUGUGCCGUGUGCCACCCUUUGAGCUACUCCACGACCCUCACGGGUUCCUUUCUUAGGAAGGCAGCUGCUUUUGCUCUUUCCAGAAGCGUUUUGAUGGUGACGCCAUUUGUAUUCCUCCUCGAUAGGCUACCAUUCCAACAAAGCAACCUGAUAGAGCACACCUACUGUGAGCACAUGUCGGUGGCCAGGUUGGCCACGGGGGACAUCAUGGUCAAUGCGGUGUACGGGCUGGUCAUCGCCGCUUGUGCCACUGGUCUUGACAUCGCUCUCAUUUCCGUUUCCUAUGGAUUCAUAAUCUCAGCUGUUGUGAGGUUACCAUCCUCUGAGGAUCGAUCCAAAGCCUUCAACACAUGCGUGUCACACGUCUGCGUCAUUGUUCUCUUCUACACGCCGGCGUUCUUCUCCUUUAUUGCUCACAGAGUCGGCCACAAGUACAUACCUCUGCAGGUCCACAUCCUGGUGGCCAACCUGUAUGUCCUGGUCCCUCCGAUGAUGAACCUGAUCAUCUAUGGCAUAAAACUGAGAGAAAUCCGGCAACGGGCAUUCACCAUGUUCUCUAGAUUUGUAGGCGGAGACCAAAACUGA